AUGUCCUUUUUCGGUCUCGAAAACGCGCGCCACAACACGGCAGCGCCUGGCUUCUCCCAAGCUCACGACCCAUUUGCUGGCUUGUCGGGCAACGAUGGAGACGCCGAUGACGCUCUCGACUUCGAGGAGACGUAUGAUGGUCUUGGAGAUCAACUCGAAGAGACCGGAGACUCCUUCAACGACGAUACCUUUGGAGACAGUGGCCCAACGGUUACUCGCAGUGCUGGAAAAGACUUCGACUUCUUUGGCCAGACUGCCAAGGUUGCCGAUGCGAUAGAAGAGGAACACCUUCGCUACCAUCGCCAGGGGCCAGCGGCUAAAACCGUUACCGCUGCCGCUGCCGCAGCCCAGGCCCCUGCUCAUCAAUAUACCCAGGCCGACUACCAGUCCUACUACUCUGGCCAGCCUUACCAACAGCAGCAGCAGCAGCAAGUCUAUCGACAACAGCCUGUGCGGUCUGGAUAUGAGAAAUAUCGCGACCCUGAGCCGCUUCCCGAUCUACAUGUCGAUCGAAGUAUUUGGGGUAUUGGACCAUCUAAGCCUGCCCAGCAAGCAUCACCGGCACCUGUUCCUGCAGCUCAGCCUAUCCAGCAUGCGGCCAGUCGUAAGGUCAUGAGCUUAGAGGAGGUUGAGGCCGCUAUGCGAUCCCAACCCAAGCAGCAUACACCUCAGCCUCACGUUGCAGAUCUUGCCUACCAGCAACCCCCUCCAGGAUUCACCGGUCACCAGCUUCAGCCUCCUCAGUCUCAUGGGCACGGCCAUCCGGUGACGAUUCUGCAGAGGCCUCAAAGCACUCAGUCAAAGUCCAUGUCACCAGCCCCAGGGCUUCAAGCAACUCCCGUCCAGCAUCAGCAGCAACUCCAUGCUAACCCAACUCAAAUCCUCCAGAACCCCACCCGUGCGGGCUCGGAUGCGCAUGCGCCACUCCAACAUGGCCAUCAAGCCAAGCAGUCUCAGGGUCUUGUUCCUAACGCCGCACAGCUGCAGGCCCAUCCCCAGAUGCAGCAGAUGUCGGAAGAGGAGAAGGCAGCCUACUUGGAUCAAGAGACUAAGAGGGCCAAGCGCAACCACAAGAUCUGGCUCCUCUCGAAAGACAACGGUUUGAUGACUCCCCAGGACAAAAACUUCAUUACCCGUAUUCAGCUCCAACAGCUGGUCUCCGCUACCGGUAACCUUGUUGACGGAUCUGAUGCGACAAUUGCCGAGGACUUCUAUUACCAAGUCUACAGUCAUAUCCGAGCCGGUCAACGUCAGAACCCUAGCCAGCCUCUAAGCAACUUUGCGCAAACCUAUUUGUACCAGACCGGUAGCCGUCAGGGUGGCAUGCGACGACACGGCCGACCUGCCGAGAACCACUUCCAGCGAAUGGAACAACAGGUCCAGCGAGCUGUUGAAGCUGCCAAGAACAAGCCCAAAAACCCCCAGCUGGUUAUUGCAGGUAGUCUUGGUAAGAUUUCCUUCAGCAACGCCAAGACACCUAAGCCCCUACUCAGCAUCAAGCGCACCGAAAGUGAGCAUACAAGGCCAAACAAUGGCAAGAAGGGUUCCAGCCUCGACCGAAAGACUAUUUUGCGAAACGUAGAGAAGGUCUACCAGACUCUGAUGCAGAUCGAGGAUCAUGUCCGACUUAUUCCACCUCCCAUGACCAGCCCCGAUGAGGAGCUCGAGAACAAGCACAAGGAGUGGGCUGCCAUCUUGGAAACAUACAACGCUAAGCUCUGGCAAGAGCUCAAGGUCCACGAACAAAUCGGAGUCGUUGUUCCCCAUCCGUUCAUCGCUUUCUUGUCCUGCGCCAAGGGUGAGAGAGCUAUCCCGCGUCUCUUCCCUCACCUUUCUUUUGAACAACGGACCACUAUCUUGACCAUGAUCAUCUACCACCUCGACCAAUUGGAUGUUGUCCAGGGCGCUGCUAUCACGCCAGGCGAGGUGACCACGAUCAACGCACGAAUGCGAGAGAAGAUUGAACUUUUUAUCUCUACUGUCAUGCCAUCACUGAUGCAAUACUUCAACGAUACUGGCCUGGAUAUUGUUGAUGGUGUCUUGAAUCUGAUCGCCACAAAGUUGAAUGUCGAUCUUAUUGUUAGAUCCAGAAUUGGUGUGUCCAUGCUGACACUUAUCCUCAGCCGUGCCGUGCUUCUCAAGCAGACAGGAGCCGGCACUCCUGAGCAGUGGGAUAACUGGGAUCGAACUUUUGAAAUUUUGUUUACCAGACUUGAACCUUCGCUGCCUUACAUUUUCCCUGGCAGCGUCAAUACCGGAGAAGACGUCUACGUAUGGCAGCUUCUCGCAGCUAUGGGUGUCAGCGCUACCCAUGACCAGCAAACUCGCUUGGUUCUUGCUGUCAAGGAUCGCGUGCUCGAUACUGUCACUGUUUCAAAGACACUCCCCCCUGUUAUGGGUGCGGAGAGACUGAACAGUGUCAACCUGUUCAUGCGAUCUAUCGGCUUGGACGUUGAACUUCUCCAGUAA